AUGACCACCGAAAACAAUCACAAUGGCGGAAACACUCAUACACCAAGACGCAAGAGAAUGAUUGUAGCCCUGACUGGGGCUACCGGCUCAAUUCUCGGCAUCAAGACCUUAAUUGCCCUCCGCCGCCUCAACAUCGAAACACACGUCAUCAUCAGCAAAUGGGCAGAGAGCACCCUUAAAUAUGAAACAAAUUAUACUGUCGCCAACGUGCGUGCACUAGCAGACCAUGUCUACAGCAACCACGAUAUGGCUGCGCCAAUCGCAAGCGGAUCUUUUCGUGUGGACGGAAUGAUCGUCGUCCCAUGCAGCAUGAAGACCCUUGCUGCCAUCAAUACAGGGCUCUGCGAUACUCUUAUCGCCCGAGCCGCAGAUGUCAUCAUUAAGGAGCGCCGCAAACUCGUUCUUGCAGCACGUGAGUGCCCUUUAAGCGGGAUCCACCUCCAAAACAUGCUCUCCCUCACGCAGAAUGGGGUCAUAAUUUUCCCGCCGGUCCCGGCUUUCUACCAAAGACCGGCAACCAUAGACGACAUUGUGGACCAUAGUGUAGGGAGAAUGCUGGACUUAUUCGACUUGGAUACUCAGGACUUUGACCGUUGGGACGGGUUUCAGAAAGAUUAG